UUUUAUUUUGGUUGCCUUCGAUCUUUCAUGAAUCUUUUCUUCUUCAUUCAUUCGAGAUAUCCUUUGAACGUCUCUCAUUACCAACUCACACCCAGCCUCUCGACUGGACCAGACCACAUCAACACAUAGACUCAGCAGACCAGCCAGCCCAGCGAACAGAGCACUACAUAGGCAAGCGACUUAAGGGGAAAACCAUCAUCAUGAAACCAACGACCAAGAACAGAAGAACAACAACAACAAGACUCACUUCCUCACCCCAUCCAUCCUCAUCCUCAUCAGCAUCCUCAUCCUCCUCAUCACUACCUCGAACACCCAAACCACAUAACACCCUACUCGACAGCAUCCUCUCCUCACCACGCCAGUCUCAUACAACCAAAAAGACUGAAACUCAAAUCACUCCCAACAAACUCAACAGGGCACUCAACAACCUACUCAACCAGCCCCGCGGCCACCCCUCCCACAAACAAACUGCCAUGAACCAGCUCAUCCAAACACUCUCCACCCUCCGAUCAAAACAUCACAUCCAUGAUCAUCUUGAACAACCUUACUCCAAACGGAUCAAGAUCCAGGCCGCAGCUGAUGGCUCAGCCUCACUCGUCCUCCCAUCCAUGCAGCCCACUCUAGACCCAUCGCACUACUAUUACCAACAUCUUCACUACCCACAACCCACCACCAUCGCACCCGCCACUCUCUUCUUAUCCCCCAGCUCAUCCUCCUCAUCCAAUCCUCUGCUGGCCUCAUCCUCAGAGACCAACCAACACUCCCCGCUCGUCUCUGCCACCACUCAGGAAUACGGCCGAGUGAUCAUGAAGAAAGACGCACUGAUCAACAAGCUCGGACUCGAGGCCGCCCAGCGUGCUAUUCGUAAGGCCAGAAGCCAGCGGAAACCCUACCGCCCUUCAGCAAAUCAUCCACCUUCAUCCUCGCCCCCAAGCUCCCCACAGACAAGCUGCUGGCGUACCGGGAGGAUCGGAAAAUGGCUCGAAUCCGCCGACGAUGAUUCAGAGGAUGAAGGGGACAGACGGACCAAUUUGCCCCGUGGCCGGGACUUGAUGGGCUCACUUUCCAAGCUCGCCAAAGAAGAAUCCUCGACAUCCGCUCAGCCUUCCUCCAGCUCGACUGACCAAGCAGGCAAUGAUCCACAGAGCUUGUUCUGGUCGCCGAUCAAGGGCAAACAGAAGCCGCCCGGGAUGCCGGCAACCAAGCGGGCACCGCACUCGGCCUCGAUCGCCGCGCCGAUCGACAGCCAGCAGAUCCUCGAGCGAAUCGGGCGGAUGAGUGCGCUGGAGAUGGGCAUCCGCUGGCCGCUCGACCGGCCCUCGACCCCGCCGAACCAACAGUCGUCGUUCUUCCACAUCGACGAGCUCAACGCCGCCCGCGGCCACCGUCACCCAGCCGACCGUCUUGCCCCCUUCUCGCAGCUCUCCUUCGGCAGCCAGUCCGGCACGGCGCUCCAGACUAGCAUGCUCAAGCCCGGCUGCAACCUCUCCCAGGCCUUCCUCGUCCGGGCCGCCUCCCCGACCAUCCUCCUCUCCGCCCCCGCCCCGGCCGACGAGAAUCGCAGCCCACUUGUGCUCGCCCCGCAGCCCCACCUCUCACCCUCUUUACCGGCCAGACCACAUCAAAACGACUUCUCUCCCUGCUCGCCGUUGAGACAUGAUCUCCUCAAACUGAUCGACCAGCACCAAGGAUCUGCCAGACUCGAUAGUCCCAACCCGAUAACCGCCUUCUCCUCUUUACAAUCUACGGCAACACACGAACACCGUUGGCUCGCUGACCUGGACACCAACUCACUCGCUAACCUGAACUUCGAUAACCCCUUCUCUUCUCCCACUCCGGAUCCCCCGCUUGAAGACUUCUUGGGAUACGUUUGAUCUUCUUCUUCCUUUUCUUCUUUGGAUAGAACUUCCUGGAAAUACCUCUUCUCUUCUUCAUAUAUAUUUAUAUCUAUAUAUAUAUAUAUACAUAAAAUUUAUAUUUAUAAGUCUAUUCAUCUCUCCAUCUUUUUUUUUGUUUCUUUGAUAAAGUUUCUGUAACCCUUACAUCCUUACUAGUGUUGUUGUUGUGAUUCUUAAGUAGUAUGGUCUCAGUACCGGUAUUUAUAUCUACAUAACCUUAUAGUUAUUUAUAUAUAUGUGUCCGGACUCAUUGGAUACGUUGUUGUCUUUCUUUUUUUUUGGUUGGUUGUUGAGGAGUCAAGGGGGGGGGAGGGGGUUAUCUUGUGGAUGAGAUAUAGGUGUUUCUUAUCUUUGUUUUGGAUGUAUAUGUUUUGGUUUUGGUUGUUGGCCGGAAGGGUGCCGUUCUGGACAGGCGGCUGGCUAAUAAGAGACUCACUUUAGUCAACUCCCAGGUCUUUUUCCCAAUUUAGAGGCUUAUUAUAUCUUGUUUUCCAUUUUUUAGGUUUUACAUUGUUUUCAAUACAUAAACAAAUUCACACAC